GAGCCCCGGAGGCGCUUUUGCGGUGUUGGCGGCGGAACCGCAGAUUCGGGCUCGGGGACGGGGGCGGCUGCCAUGGCGCGGUGGGCCGUGUUGUUCGACCUCGGCGGCGUGCUCUUCAGGCCCGGCCUGCAGCACUUCCUGGGCUCCUGCGAGCGGGACUGCGGUCUGCCCAGGAAUUUCUUACAGAAGGUCAUGUUCGCUGGUGGCUCCAACAGUCCUUAUGCCAAAGUGAUGAGGGGACAGAUCACCCUGUCCCAGCUCUUUUCGGAGGUGGAAGAGGGCUGCAGGCAGCACGCCUCCGCCUCGGGCAUCACACUGCCACCCACCUUCACCAUCGCCAGAGCCUUCGAGGAGAUGGCAGCCGAGGGGACAGUCAAUGCCCCCCUUCUGCGGGCAGCAAGGGUGCUGCGGAGGAACGGAUUUAAGACCUGUGUCCUCACCAACAACUGGGUGGACGACAGCACAGGGCGGCUCUUCACGGCCACGCUGAUGACGCUGCUGCGCCGCCACUUUGACCUGGUGAUUGAGUCCUGCCGGGUCGGGGUGCAGAAGCCCCAUCUGGAGAUGUACACCCAUGCCCUGGAUGUGCUGCAGGCAAAGCCACAGGAGGUCAUCCUCCUGGAUGACAUUGGGGAGAACCUGAAGCCGGCCCGGGAGAUGGGCAUGGCCACCAUCCUCGUCAGGGACACUGAAACCGUCCUGAAGGAGCUGGAGGAGCUCUCGGGUGUCCAGCUUCUCUCCCAAGAUGAGCCACUGCCAACAGCGUGUGAUCCAUCUGACGUGACCCAUGGCUACGUGUCCAUCCGGCCUGGUGUCCAGCUGCACUUUGUUGAAAUGGGGCACGGCCCUGUUGUCAUCCUCUGCCACGGCUUCCCUGAGUCCUGGCUCUCCUGGCGCUACCAGAUCCCAGCUUUGGCUGAUGCUGGCUUCAGGGUGAUCGCUCUGGAGAUGAAGGGCUACGGGGAGUCCACAGCCCCACCAGACAUAAAAGAGUAUUCCCAGGAACAGAUAUGCAAGGACCUGGCAGUUUUCCUGGACAAACUGGGUAUCCCGCAGGCAGUGCUGGUGGGCCACGACUGGGGCGGUGCUGUGGUAUGGAACAUGGCUCUCUUCUACCCUGAGAGGGUGAGGGCCGUGGCCUCGCUGAACACCCCUUACCGGCCCGCUGACCCCACUGUGGACAUUGUGGAGAAGAUGAAAAGUUACCCUGCCUUUGACUACCAGUUCUAUUUCCAGGAGCCAGGCGUUGCAGAAGCAGAGUUAGAGAAGGACAUCAGCCGGGCCCUGAAGAUCAUGAUCCGCUCCACGCGCCAGGAGGAUCGACUGCCCAUUGUACCCAAAUUCCACGGGGUCCAGGAACGAGGGGGGCUGCUGGUGGGCUUGCCAGAAAACCCCCCAGCCAGCCAGAUCCUGCAUGGCCCCGCGCUGCAAUACUACAUCCAACGCUUUGAGAAGUCUGGCUUCAGUGGCCCUCUGAACUGGUACCGCAACAUGCGACCCAACUGGCACUGGGCCCUCUCUGCCAAGGACAGGAAGAUCAUGAUGCCAGCACUGAUGGUCACAGCUGGAAAGGAUGUGGUGCUGCAUCCCAACAUGAGCAAGGGCAUGGAGGAGUGGAUCCCGCAGCUGCGCCGGGAGCACCUGGAGGAGUGCGGCCACUGGACACAGAUGGAGAGGCCAGCGGCGCUGAACAGGAUCCUGGUGGAUUGGCUGGAGGGGCUUCCCCCCGAUGCCCCCCUGCACAAGAUCUCCAAGCUGUGAGCAGGGCCAGCAGGCAGAGCCUUGCCCUGUGCCUUCCCCCCUCCCUGGCUUCAGUGUGCCUUCAGGGUUGAAUUUUGACCUUUAGAGCUUGAUUUUUGCCUUUAACUAUGGAUUUUUGCCUUUAGGGCUUGAUUUUGGCCUUUAAGGCUUGGUUUUUGCACUUAGGGUUAUGUUAUGUUUUUGCUUUUUGGGCUUGGAUUUUGACCUUUAGGCCUUGAUUUUUGGCCUUUUGGGGUCAAUUUGUAAUUUUUUUGGAGAGUUGAUGGUGGGGAAAUGAUGGGUGAGCCAGGGCUGGGAGGAGAGUGGCAGAAAGUAUCGCCUCUGCUUUAUGCAGCUAAAGGGGGUCCUGGUGAGCUCUCAUGGGGACUCUGGAGUGUUGGGAGGUGGUUUGGGGCUGGACCUAUCCUUGUGCCAUGGCAGGGGAUGCCACAGCACCCCAACUCCAUCCCAGGAGCUUCUCUUGCUGGGUUUGGCCAGUAAGUCCUGGAUUGUGUCUGCUUGCACUCUGUGGAUGAGUUUAAUGCACUAAUAAUUCAUGCUGCCUGAGAAUUCACCUUCUGCCUUGUUAUGUUGAGAAAUAAAGCACAAA